AAUUUCAAGAUGGCGGCUAACAUUGUGCAAGUGAUCGAUACUGUCGAUAUGACGAAGUCCUCGGAAGAGAAGCGAGUACGGAAGGAGAAGAAAGUCAAAACUAAUAACGACUCCAGGAGUUUAAACGGGAGUUUAUCACGUGAAAUGAAGAAAAAUAUUAAGAGGAGGGAACUAUCAACAAACACAUCAGCAUCUACACUGGAACGUAGUGACCCUGAAAAGUUGGCCAGAUUGAAGAAACUGAGAAAGAGAAAGAAACUGAUGCAGCUGCAGUUGCUCAAACAAAAACAAAAGAUGUUGAGAAAAAAGGAAAAAAGAAGAAAAAAAGAUGAUGAUGAAGAGAAUGAAGUCUCAAUUAAAGUACAAAAGCUGUCUAAAGACGAUAAUGUACACAGUUCUGAAGCUGUGGAUUCUACACUCAACGACAGUGAUGAGGAAGAGCAAGAUGUGGGUCAGAGUGACUUGUUGCAAGAGGAGAGAGAACCUGCUGAUGGAGAAUCCUCCAAUGAUGGAGAUGAUGAUGAUGACAACGAUGAGCAAGAAAAAAAUGGUGGGGAAGAUGACUCAAAGGAGAAAAAAAGAGAAUUCUCAAAGGGUGAUGGAAGUAGUAAACUUGGAGACAGUGAUGGUCCCAAAGUCCAAGAGUGGUUAACGAAUAUCUUGACAGACAGUAAGUUUUCAUCGUUGGCAGACCGUGUUUCCGAGUUAACACUGAAAGGUAUUGUCGAUAUGGGAUUUACUCACAUGACAGAGAUUCAGUCGAAAAGUAUACCACAUUUAUUGGAAGGAAGGGAUCUUCUGGCAGCGGCCCAAACAGGUAGUGGCAAAACGUUAGCAUUUCUAAUCCCCUGUAUUGAACUCUUACACAAAUUGAAAUUUAUGCCGCGGAACGGUACUGGCGUAAUAAUCAUAUCGCCGACAAGGGAAUUGUCUAUGCAGACGUACGGCGUGCUGAGAGAAGUGUUAAAAUACCAUUACCAUACAUUUGGUUUGAUUAUGGGAGGAGCGAACCGAGCUGAAGAGUCAAAGAAAUUAGGCAAAGGUGUUAAUAUUGUUGUAGCAACACCGGGACGAUUAUUGGAUCAUUUACAGAAUUCACCUCAAUUUAUGUACAAAAAUCUACAAUGUUUGGUGAUAGACGAAGCUGAUAGGAUAUUGGAAGUGGGUUUUGAAGAGGAAAUGAAACAGAUUAUGAAAUUAUUACCAAAAAGACGGCAGACAAUGCUGUUUUCAGCGACCCAGACAAAAAAAAUAGAAAAUUUGGCGAGACUUUCGCUAAAAACACAGCCUGUGUAUGUUGGUGUGGAUGAUACUAAAGAAAAAGCCACAGUGGAAGGAUUAGAACAAGGCUAUGUGGUGUGUACGUCAGAAAAACGAUUUCUUCUGCUUUUCACAUUUUUGAAGAAGAACCGUCGAAAGAAAGUGAUGGUGUUUUUUUCCUCGUGUAUGUCUGUGAAGUAUCACUGUGAACUUCUCAACUAUAUUGACCUGCCGGUCAUGUCCAUCCAUGGUCGACAAAAACAAACCAAGAGAACGCAGACGUUUUUCCAGUUUUGUAAUGCAUCAGAAGGAAUUCUGCUGUGUACUGAUGUUGCUGCUAGAGGUUUAGAUAUACCAGCAGUUGAUUGGAUAGUACAGUAUGAUCCUCCGGAUGACCCAAAGGAAUACAUUCACAGGGUUGGCCGCACAGCUAGAGGUAUCGAUGGGAGGGGACACGCUUUACUCAUAUUACGUCCUGAAGAGCUUGGUUUCUUGAGGUAUCUUAAAAAUGCGAAGGUUCCACUCAGUGAAUUUGAAUUUUCAUGGAACAAAAUUGCUAAUAUACAGUCACAGCUUGAGAGAUUGAUUGAGAAGAACUAUUUCCUUCACAAGUCGUCACAGGAAGCCUAUAAGUCGUAUGUCCGUGCUUACGAUUCACACAGUCUGAAACAUAUAUUUGAUGUAAAUACCCUGGAUUUACAGAAAGCCGCCCAGUCAUUUGGAUUUAAAGUACCGCCAAGUGUUGAUUUCAGCAUACAUGCUAGUAAAAAGGUGCAGAAGUCAAGGAGAGGAGCGCCCCCACCAGGCGCUGCUAUUCACAAUAGGAAAGCUGCCUUUAAAAGCAAGAUUUACCGACAUGUUGAUAACAAACCAAAAGGAAAACGUCAAUUCGCAAGAUAAUCACGACUAAACCACCCCUAUUUUUACAAUAAAAUAAUCUCUUGUAUAUGUUGAUUCUCUGGUUCCUUCCAAAAAAUUGGGAAUGCUAGGGGUGGUCACUUAAGAGUGGCAACAUUUGUAAUCAAGGGUUGUGAUCAUGGGCUCUUCCUGCCUCAAUAUUGCACUGUGUCUGUCAAUCAAUUUAUAACUUGUUACAACGACUGUUGCUUGACAAUUAAAAUUCAAUAUUUCAGAGAUCUACCUGAGAA